GGAACACAUCUCAGAGUUGUCAGAUCUGAAGGGAGAGAGGUAGAAUCUGUUCUCCAAUGCCCCUCAACUUCUAGUGCACCCAAGGAUGAAGCCCUGAGGUGGAGGUCACAGCCUGCAAGUGGACACCCUUGGCCUUGUGAACAGGAUGCUGUCGUGUCUGCUCCAGUGCCCCAUCUGGGAUGACCAGCCCUGCUCUGACAGUGGAGCUCAACCCCAACAACCUGUCCCUCCAGAAAAACGGGCCGGACCCAAUGUCAACUAGGGGAGGCCGUGUGGCCCAGUGGCCCAGACAGAGGCUCUGGAGUCAGUCAAACCUGAGUCCAAAUUCUGGCACAAGCUGUGACUUUGGGUACAAAACUUAUAUAUGCUCAUUGGAGAAGAGGAAGAAGAAGGAGGAGGAGGAAGAGGAAGAAGAAGAAGAUGAGGAUGAUGAAAGAGAGGAAGGAAGGAAGGAAGGAAGGAAGGAAGGAAGGAAGGAAGGAAGGAAAAGGAAGGAAGAAAAAGAAAGGAAGGAUGAAAGAGAAGGAAAGAAGGAAAAGAAAUUCUAGCUUUGAGAAUCUUGGAUGGCUCAUCCAGAUACUGCCAAUCCCUGGGCUGGUCAGUGGCCUUUGACCUGUGUAGCCUGGCUCAGAAAAAUGAAUGAGAUCAGUCACAUUCUCCCUCUCAGGAAUGUGGCCUCUAAAACUCAGAAGGAAGUAGUACUUGUGAAGAAACUGAUCCCAUUUGGACUGUAUGGUGCUGUCCAGACCCUCGUCUAGGAUGGCAGCACCUAUGGUCCCCAGCUGCAGCCUUCGUGUUGCACAUGAGGACAACUCUGAGACCAACACAAUUCCAAAGCUCCUCGCAGGGCUGGCUGAAGCCUUUGUUGAGGCUGCUCUGCUGCUCAAUUUCUCCCCCUACCCACUCCUCCUUCUCCCUUCGCCCCCACACCCCCAUGGACAUUAGCCAUGUCCAUGAUAAGCUUUCUGCUCACUAAUCUUCACCUCAGAGUCUGUUUCUAAGGGGGACCAACCUGCCACAGGGUAGGAAGAAAGGAUGAUGCGUGGAAUCAGGUGUGUCUGGCACAGGCCCUUUCCUCCUGGCCUGAGUCCUGUUAUCUUUACAUCCCACGUUCCCUGGCUUCUGUCCUCCUGGAGAUUUGCUUACCUGAUACUCCAAAGGACAAAGGAUAAGUUUCGCAGAGAUGUAAGGCCAGAUUUAGUAAUAUCUAGCUGAGCCUUAGUUUCUUCAUCUGUAAAAGGAGCCUUUGCCAGGGCCGCUCCACCCAUUGUGUCUUUCCCUCCACACUUCAUCCAGAGCAUUCGCCAGUGCCAUGGGGGUGAUACAGCAGGAGAUGGGUUCCUAUUGGGUUGCAUUUCACUGAGGAUAAUAGGAUAAACAGCUGCUUUCACAAUUAGCCUUUUCAUGAAAAUGAUGUGAGAUCAUUGUUGCUGUUUGAAGCACUUCAACAGGGUGGGGUUUCUGAAGCCCCAUUUUAAUUAAAUAGUGCCCUCCCCACCCUGGCCCAACAUAAAACCUCCAGAGGUUUCGACCAUCAAACAGAGUCCAGAUCUGUAAGCCUAAUCUAGGAUCCUGUGAUUUGUCAGAACCUUGUCCUCUGUUACAUGGCAUCAGGCACUCAUACCCAUGACUCCCUAGACAUUCCUGCCUCUGCACCUUUGCCUAUACUGACCCUGGCUGCUGAGGCCGGGCUCACAUAGCCGGUCUUCUACAAAGUCAUUUGAGAACACCCAAGUCAAAAGCAUUUUGUUUGUAUGCUGAUGAUAACAUUUGCUAUUAGCUGCCUUGUGUUAAGGGUCAACUAGGUUAACUAGCUACAAUGCUUCUUUAGUUUAAAAAAAAAAAAAAAAGGCACCUGGGAGGCUCAGUGGUUGAGCAUCUGCCUUCAGCUCAGGUCAUGAUCCUAGGGUCCUGUGAUCGAG